GCAUCAUUGCCAGCCCCAAUCGAGUUACAUCCAAGAACAAGUUUGUCUUUACUAUAAUACACACAGUGAGACAUAAAAAAAAAAAAAAAAUAAUUCAAAUAGUUAUCAACGAAAAAAAUGUGUAUAUAUAUCUUUUACAUGUUCAAUAGAAUUUUUUAAAAGCGAUUUAAUAAAACGUGCAUAUAAAAUAAAUAUAAAUAAAUAUAAAUAAAGAAAAAAAUAUAAACUGGUAUGUGAUAAAACGUAAAAUUGAAGGAAUUCAAGUGAGUUCGGAUUGAUGAAUCGAGUGAUUUGGUUUGUUUUGAACAAGUUGUGUCGAUACAGACAUAUACAAUUCUUGUUCAACUCUUUCAUGUUGUUUCAAGCGACAUUUAAAGGGAGUGUGAGUGAAAGGGGGUGGUAGUUGUUGUAGUAAUAGUAGUAGUGGUAGCUUGUGCUUGUGAAUCGAGUGAAGAAAAAGCUUUCCUGGGAGGUGACGGGUGGUACAAUAUAUAUAUAUUUAUUCCUUGCUAACUGUGGAGACUACUUUUGCUGAUAAAAUUGCAGAAGCAUCUUCUUUUUUUUUAUUAUUUUUUAUUCUGAGAUGGACGCGUGCGUUUUCUCGUGAAAAAGAGAAACAACUUCAAAGUGAUUUUUCUUCAAACUAUUUUCUAUUUUAUUUCAUUUAUAUUUUUAUUUGUUUUUUUUACUUUAUUUUUUUUAAAAACCAAACUCACGCUUGUCUCCUAUACCCAACUCAUUUUACACUCUUUCAUUAUUUUUAUUAUUUUUUUUUUCUUUCUCUUUCUCAUUUUUUUUUUUCAUUCAUUUUUUAGUAGAAAUUCGUUGGACCAAACGAACGUUCAAGUGUGUUUGCAAACGUCUCGAAUUGCCUAGUUUCUAUCCCUACACACCAAAUUCUCAAUAAAUUUUUUUUUCUCUUUAUUCAUACAUCUCUCUCUCUUUCUCUACCACAUUCGAUUUUUAUUAUUGCUUUCUUUGUAUUGCAUUAUUCGAACGAAAAACGUAUUUUUUAACAUUGGAAUUUGGAAAUGAUUGAGUGAACGACUUUGACAAGCACUUCUUCGACAAUUUUAUUUAUUUUUUAUUUUUCCUUCAAUUUUUUCUUAUUGACAGUUUUACAUUUCUUUAUUUUUUUCCUCAACCUUCUUUUUUUUUUUUUUCUUUCAUUCAUACACUUUUCAUCGUAUGCACUACAUGUACAGUGAUUGUUGAACAUUUAUAUUUAUCGUUGAUUUUUUUUUUCAUUUUUUUAAUCUUUUUUUUUUUAUUACUACAAUAAUAUACGAGCGCAGAUUUAACUUUCACCCUCUGAAAGUGUGUGUGUAUAUUUUCUUGGUGGUUGAAAAAAAAAAAAAAAUAAAAAAAUCAGCCCAAGUGAAAGAAUUUUACGAUGGUAAAUUACGAGAUUCGAGUGGAGUGCAUGAGCUCAAUGGAAGAGGAGUGUCUUAUUGAAAAACGUAGAAGUACAACCCUGAAGGAGUGCUCGGAUUUUCUUAAACUUGAGGGAUCCCCAAAGUACAGUCGUGAUGCUUUCAGAAAACUCUUUCAAGAUGAGGUGCUACUUGGAAAAUUGUUCAUGCUCUUCGAUCAAGACAGAGAUGGCAUGUUGAAACAAGACGAGUGGAUUGAAUUUCUCAAAGCACGCUUGACAAAUGACAAACAGAUGGACUUUAUUGAUCAACUUGAAAGUGUUGCUUAUGUAUUAUGUGGAGAAAAACCAGUUGAUUUAAAUACAUUUAAUAUUAUUUUUCACGCUAAAGGUGUGAUUGAUAAAUUAUACAGACUAAUUGAACAAGAAAAUUCUGGCUACGUUUUACCAAUUCAAAUCAUGGAGUUUAUUGCUGCAAUUAGUAGUCCCAGAUCACGAGCUGGAUUCGAUAAAGGCAAUCUGGAAUGGCUGGAGAAAAUCUUCAAGCAGACAGUUGGAAACGAGCGAGAAAUACGUCGCGAAGAAUUCAAGAAAAUCGUUAUAUCGAAAAACCCUUUUUUUACUGAACGAGUAUUUCAAAUAUUCGACAAGGACAAUUCAGGCUCAAUAUCUCUUCAGGAGUUUCUUGACGCGAUGCAUCAAUUUGCGGGUAAAACUCCGGAUGACAAGAUACGAUUUCUUUUUAAAGUCUACGACAUAGACGGUGACGGGUUGAUUCAGCACCGUGAACUCGAGCACGUGAUGAGAGCUUGCAUGGAAGAAAAUAGUAUGAAAUUUAGUGAUGAACAGAUUGAGGAUUUAACACUUGCCCUAUUUGAAGAUGCGGAUCAAGAAAACAGAGGAGCUAUCACGUUUGAAUCAUUGAAAAAGCAACUAGAAAAACACGAGGGUCUUCUUGAAAAUCUAUCAAUCAGUAUAGAUCGAUGGAUGGUACCACCAAAACCAGAAACAACUCGACGAAAUAAAAUAAGAUUUAUGGAUAUACUAAGACCAUAUCAACUGACAAAACCUUAUUUAAAAAAUAAUUAUGUAUUUAUUUUAUUUCUAUCAGUAUUUAUAAUAAUAAAUACAAUAUUAUUUUUAUCAAGAAUAUAUGAAUAUCGUCAUUCAAAUUGUUUUACCAUGGUUGCACGAGCUUGUGGUCAAUGUUUAAACUUUGAUUGCACAAUUAUUCUCGUCUUGAUGCUACGACAGUGUAUAACCUUUUUGAGAACUCAUGGUUUUAGUUCAAUUUUACCUCUUGAUCAUCAUAUUUAUCUUCAUAAAAUGGUGGGGGUUACAAUUGGUGUACUCAGUAUUAUUCACACAAUUGCUCAUCUUUUAAAUUUUGGUAUGGUAGUGGUUGAGGAUAAUAUUUUAAACAGUGAACAUUAUACAAUGUCAGAAUGGCUAUUGACAAGUAAACCUGGAUUAUUUGGUCUCAUUGGAGGUGUUGCUAAUCCAACUGGUAUAACAUUGAUUAUUAUUUUGAUUGUAAUGUCUGUUUGUUCAAUGCCAUUUGUUCGACGUGGUGGAUGCUUUGAAAUAUUUUAUUGGUCUCAUUUGUUGUAUAUACCAUUUUGGAUUUUAAUGAUAUUUCAUGGACCAAAUUUUUGGAAAUGGUUUGUUUUACCUGGUGCAAUAUAUGUUGUUGAACGUGUUAGGCGUUUCAUGUGGUUACGAUCUGAACGAGGAAAAACAUACAUCAGUUCAGGUCUUUUACUACCAUCACGGGUCACUCAUUUAGUAAUCAAACGUCCUCAACAUUUGGUUUUUCGUCCGGGUGAUUAUGUUUUUGUCAAUAUACCAGUUAUAGCACGCUACGAAUGGCAUCCUUUUACAAUCAGCAGUGCUCCCGAGCAAGAGGAUUACAUGUGGUUACAUAUAAGAGCCGUUGGUGAAUGGACAAAUACAUUGUAUGCAUAUUUUGAAAAAGAACAACAAAAACUUGAACGUGGUGAUAUUAUACCAAUUGAGUCUUGUAGAUCAGAAUCACAAAUGAGUUUACAAAAGAACAAGCCAAAAUCAACAACACUGAUGAUUGAAAAAGAUGGAUCAAACGUAUCCCUUGAGGAUCCAAGAGGCUUGGAUAACCCUCGUUUUAUUUCGGACAGUGGAAAAACGUCUUUGAGUUCUAGCAUCAACUCACCUACUUCUUAUUUGUCUGCUCCAGAACUACCAAACUCACAAGAUUUAGGACGAUCGCCUCGGGAUAGAAAGCUGAGACAGCUACUUCUUGGUAAUAAAAUACCCCUCGAAAAAUCAUUUUCAAUGCCAGACAUGCAGACUAAAUAUAAAAAAAGACAACGAUUAAUGGCACUACGAGAUUACAUGAGAUCAGAGUCAGAAAAAAGUUUUGAUGAGGCUCAAAUACGUCGAGCAAGACUCAAGUCACUUGGAUUAGCUUAUUUAAGUCCUCAAAAUAAAUCACUUGCACAAAGUUUUAGAUAUAUGAGAACAAAACCAACAAUCAUUGCAUUUAAAACACCAAGUUUAGAAAAUUAUCAUUAUGAAAUUAUGGAAAAUUCAUCAAACUCGAUGGAGGAAAAACAAGAGACAGCAACGACGGCUUCAUUGGCAGGGGCUGCUGAAGAGGGUCGACUUGAGAGGAAGAUCAAAAUGAUCGGACAGAGAACGAGUAUCAUGAUAGAUACAAAAAGUCAAUUUUCAUCUCAUCCAGCUAUGAACUAUCCCGUUGGUAAACCACUCGAGAUUUUACUGGAUGGUCCCUAUGGAGCACCCUCAAGUCACAUCUUCCAGGCUCAACAUGCCGUACUAAUCGCAACGGGAAUCGGAGUCACGCCUUUUGCCUCAAUUCUACAGUCGAUAAUGCACAGAUACUGGAAGGCAAGACACACCUGCCCCAAGUGCCAAUUCUCGUGGGCCAGUGAAAUACCUAUCACGGUCAUGAAUUUACGAAAGGUAGACUUUUUCUGGAUAAAUCGUGACCAACAUUCAUUCGAAUGGUUCGUGAAUCUAUUGUCCCAGCUUGAAAUUGAGCAAGCUGAACUUGGUGCAACUAUGGAACGUUUUCUUGAAAUGCACAUGUAUAUAACAAGUGCAUUACAAAAAAAUGAUAUGAAAGCUGUUGGUCUACAGCUUGCAAUGGAUUUAUUACAUGAAAAAGAAAAGCGUGAUCUUAUAACAGGAUUAAAAACACGUACAAAUGCUGGUAGACCAAAUUGGGAUAAGGUUUUUAAACAAUUACAAGAACGUAAAAAGGGUAAAGUUACUGUAUUUUACUGUGGACCACCACAACUUGGAAGAAUAUUACGUUAUAAAUGUGAUCAAUUUGGUUUUAAUUUUCGUAAAGAAACUUUUUAAUUUAAUAUUGCUAUUUAUUAUUUUCAACUGACAAUAUCCACAAAAAACAAAAAGACAAAGAUAAAUUGGUAUUCUCCAUUGAAUUUCGAAAUUAGUUGAUGCAUGUAACCUAAAUAUUUUAUACUCGUAGUGUAUGGUCCGGGUUUUAGUCGUCAUUUUAAGAGAUCCCACAUUGAUAAUCCGUCGAUUAAUAAUCGUCAGUAUGUCCACGACAGCCAGCAUACUGCGUAACCAACACAAUUCACAUGUAGGUGGUUUAUAUAUCUCACACCCUCAUCAUCAAACUAAUCGAUUGUAUAAAUAUAGCAAAAGCAAGCAAGAAGAUAUUCCCUUUGCGACACAUCAUGUCUAUGUCAUUUCAAAGGACACCCGAGAGCACUCACUAUAUUUUUUUUAUAUUUAUUUAUGCUUUGUCUAUAUAUUUACUCAUAUUAUUUUUUUUUUUC